GAGGAGAGUCACUUAGCCAGCACCAUUUUAGGAAGACGUAUCGCCAGACUCCUGUCUCUAGCAUUUUAUAGUUACUCUGGGAAAAGAACACCUGAAUUCAAUUAGACUUGGUUCGUUUCUUUUACGGUCGUUAGCGCUGAAGCGAAGCAUUGUAUAGGUUAGCUAAGCAGGAGAACAUACCGAGCUAGUACCAGCUAGCUACUGAAGCUAACCCGAGCUGGCUCUAAGGCUUCUCUCCACCAACGAUACACUCACUGAGCCUGCAAGCGGAGCCUGUCAAAAUGAGCGCUGCCUCCUCCCAAAAAGUUGUCCUGAAAAGCACCACCAAAGUGUCCCUGAAUGAGCGCUUCACUAACAUGCUGAAGAACAAGCAGCCCACUGCGGUUAGCAUUCGAGCCACCAUGCAACAGCAGCAUUUGGCCAGUGCUCGCAAUCGCCGGCUGGCCCAGCAGAUGGAGAACCGGCCGUCAGUGCAAGCCGCUCUCAAUCACAAACAGAGCCUGAAGCAGCGGUUGGGAAAGAGCAACAUCCAGGCCAGGCUGGGCCGGCCCGUUGGUGCUCUGAUGAGAGGAGGAGCUCCUGGCAGAGGAGGAAUGAGGGGGAUGACCAGAGGAGGCCUGCGAGGACGAGGCAGAGGAGGACUGAUGAGGGGCGCUCUGUCCCUGAGAGGGAAGCGAGUGGCUACAGGCGGACCCAUGCGAGGCCGUGGAGCUGCUGGCCGUCUGGCUAUGCGUAGAGGAGGGCGUCACCGUGGAGGACCCCCCGGCCGUGGAGGAGCUCUGUCCAGAGGAGCAGCACGAGGAGGAAUAGUCAGAGGCCGUGGCGGGCUGCGCGGGCGCGGAGGUUUCGCCGGCCGAGGCGGUCGUGGGCGCGGGCGGGGGGGGCGCGGCAUCCGCCAACCCGCCGUCACCCGCGAACAAUUGGACAACCAGCUGGACGCUUACAUGUCAAAGACCAAAGGCCACCUGGACGCUGAGCUGGAUGCCUACAUGGCACAGGCAGACCCAGACAGCAUGGAGUGACCCCUGAAGAACUGUUGAAUAAAGCACAUGUAGAGUUUACUGCAGAACUGUACAGCUGAACUCACACACAGCGUUAGUGUCGUGCACCAGAUUGACGUGCGGAGAAAUACUAGUUAAAUUUAGAUGCUGAGCGGUCAAAGUCCAGGACUCUGAGCAGGAGGAACAGCAGAGUACCUGAAUGUGCUUCAACCACAAUGCAUUUCUGCAUCAACCCUGUUCCUGCAAAAACCCUUUUAAUUGUAGAGUAACUGUGUGAAGGGACCUUUUUAAACAUUAACACUCUGCUGUCUGUAAACCUUUUUGUUUUUUUAUAUGAAAACAUGUUUCAAAUUUGGGACAGAUAUCUAUAAUGGUUUGAUCCUGAUCAGUUAUUCUGUUGUGUUAACCUUCCUUUGUAACCAUAUUUGAAUUACUUCUUUUUUUUUUUAAAAACUUGUAUGAUAAGGUUUUUGGUUUAAUUUGUUGUCUUAUCUUAAACAUUUUCAAUGCAAACCUUUUCUAAAUUAUUUGUUUAAAAAAAGAAUGUGAGCAGAGGGUUUUAAGCCAAGUAUCCAUUUGUCUUUGUUUCUAUUUAAAGGAUGUAGUACUUUGACAUUUUUGUUCUUCCAUUAGUCAGCAUUCUUCAGGGCUGUUGCCAUUCUUUAAAAUUGUACUUGAUAACAUUUGUGUCAGAUUACACACAAUCAAGUAAAACAGUUUUUAAUGAAAAGCUCUUGUGUAAAAGGUUAACCACAAAUCAGAAAGUGAGUUUCAAUGUGGUGUUAAUCUCAACAUGAAUAAUUAAAAUUAGCCAGUGAUGGCAAACUCCCAAAA